AUGGGCGCACUGAUUAGCCAGCUCGUGUUCCAGCCGCCGCCAGCGACAUACACGAGCUGUCGCCGCUACACGAUGCUAGCGACGGCACUGCACAACCGCAUCGCGUCCUUUUACAUCAAGAAUGAGCGCGCGAAGUACACGCUGCUCUUUGCCCACGGCAAUGCUGAGGACCUUGGCAUGAUCUACGAGUGGUUUCGCGAAGUGAGCCGCCGUCUGCAGGUCAACGUCAUGGCAUUCGACUACACCGGGUAUGGCAUUAGCGUCGGCGAGCCGUCAGAGGAUGCAUGCAUUGCCGACAUUGAAGCCGCGUUUGCGUACCUCGUUGACGUCAAGAAGACACCUCCGCACCUUAUACUAUUAUACGGCCGGUCGCUUGGCACAGGACCCACAACAUACCUCGCGGCCAAGCAGUCCAAGCUGAAGCAACCUGUCGCGGGUGUCAUUUUGCAGAGCCCACUUCUCUCCAUCUACCGCGUUGCGUUCCAGUUCCGGUUCUCGCUCCCAGGCGACAUGUUUUGCAAUAUUGAUCGCGCACCCGAGAUUGCGUCACCCAUCACAAUCAUCCACGGCACGCGGGACGAGGUCAUCCCGUUCUGGCACGGCGAGGAGCUCUUUUUGGCAUGCAACCCCGCGUGGCGAUCGAAACCGCUUUGGGUCCACGAUGCGGGGCACAACAAUAUCGAAGUGUUCUUAAGCGCUUUUGGCGACGGCUUCUUCCAACACCUGCGCAACUUCGUGCAUUUGUGCAACGAAGUCGCGACGAUCCGCGCAUCAGAGGCGACAAGUGGCGCGCAAGAAAUGCCUGCAUCGCAUGUCCAAACUAUGCUCACUAGUAUCUAA